GGGCAUCUGUGUGAGGCCAGCAGAUCUCACUGCCCUGGGGUACAGGCAGGUUUUUUUUCCAUCUGGGCUCCCCAGUGUUCAGGCUGAGAGAAAUACUGAAGAUGAGGCAGUAAUUCAGAAGCAGCUGAAACACGAACUGCAAGAAGUUUAGAAAAGUUCCCUCAGAAGAAGAGAAGUGAUUAUGAGAGGAGUCAAAAUAAAAUAGUGCAGGAUUGACACAAAGAAAUUGGUCCCAUUUUGUCAAUGUCUUCUUUCAACAGUUCACCAUGCCCAGAGUGAAGAAAUGUGCAACAGCAGCUCCAUCAGCCACUUCCUCCUGCUGCCAUUGGCACACACGCGGCAGCUGCAGCUCCUGCACUUCUGCCUCUUCCUGGCCAUCUCCCUGGCUGCCCUCCUGGCCAACGGCCUCAUCAUCAGCGCCGUAGCCUGCGGCCACCUCCUGCACAGCCCCAUGUUCUUCUUCCUGCUCAACCUGGCCCUCAGCGACCUGGGCUCCAUCCUCACCACUGUCCCCAAAGCCAUGCACAAUUCCCUCUGGGACACCAGGAACAUCUCCUACUCAGGAUGUGCUGCACAGGUGUUUCUGUUUUUCUUUUUCAUUUCAGCAGAGUAUUUCCUCCUGACCAUCAUGUGCUACGACCGCUACGUGUCCAUCUGCAAACCCCUGCACUACGGGACCCUCCUGGGCAGCAGAGCUUGUGCCCACAUGGCAGCAGCUGCCUGGGCCAGUGCCUUUCUCACUGCUCUGCUGCACACAGCCAACACAUUUUCCCUGCCCCUGUGCCAUGGCAAUGCCCUGGGCCAGUUCUUCUGUGAAAUCCCCCAGAUACUCAAGCUCACCUGCUCCAAAUCCUACUUCAGGGAAAUUGGGCUGAUUCUGCUAAGUGCUUUUCUAUAUUUUGUCUGUUUUGUGUUCAUUGUUUUCUCCUAUGUGCAGAUCUUCAGGGCUGUGCUGAAGAUCCCCUCUGAGCAGGGACAGCACAAAGCCUUUUCCACCUGCCUCCCUCACCUGGCAGUGGUCUCCCUGUUCCUCAGCACUUGCUUUAUUGCCUACCUGAAGCCCCCCUCCAUCUCCUCCCCAUCGCUGGAUCUGUCCCUGUCAGUUCUGUACUCGGUGGUGCCUCCAGCCCUGAACCCCCUCAUCUACAGCCUGAGGAACCAGGAGCUCAAGGCUGCAGGGUGGACACUGAUCACUGUACGAUUUCAGAAAUAUUAA